AUGGCGGCGUCGUCUUCAGCGGCGGCGAAGCCGCCGUGGCAGGAAUUGCCGCGAGAGAUAACAGCGGCGAUUCUGUACAAAUUGGGGCCGUUCGAGAUUCUGACGACGGCGGUGAAAGUGUGCACUGCCUGGCGGAGCGUGUGCCAGGACCCUUCAAUGUGGCGGCGCGUGGAUAUGCGAAGUACGAACGGCGGAUGGGAAAGGCCUUUCAAAACAGAACCGAUGUGCCGCCGCGCAGUGGAUCUCAGCCAGGGCCAAUUAAUUGAUCUCAGUAUUGAGCAUUUUGCUACCGAUGAUUUGCUUCUCUAUAUUUCUCAGAGGUCUAGUCAGCUCAAGCGUCUUCAACUUAUAAAUAGCCUCCACAUGUUUCGUAAUUCUUUGAUCGGAGCAAUAAAGAAUUUCCCUCUGUUGGAGGAGCUGCAUCUAGAAUUCACCGACGUCAGUAGAAAAACUAUCGAAACUAUCGGUGAAUCGUGCCCGUUGUUGAAGUCGUUUAAACUGAACACCGACUGGCAAAAGUACACAGUGAGCGACGCGGAGGCGCUAGCAAUUUCGAAAAGCAUGCAUGGACUGGUCCACCUUCAGCUUAUCUCGAAUCGAAUGACGGAUAAGGGCUUGAAUGCGAUUCUCGAAGGCUGUCCGAACCUCGAGUCGCUCGAUUUGAGAAGGUGCUUCAAAGUUCGUUUGUGGGGUAAUUUGCGAAAUUUGUGUUCGGAAAGGAUUAAAGAUCUUAAGCUCCCUCGCGACCCAAUUGACGAUUGUCGAUUCGGUACUCAUGAAGUUUACAAUGACGAUGAAUAUGGAACGUGGGAUGAUGACAUUUAUGAUGACGAAACAUCGGAGGAUGAUGUUUAUGACGACGAAUCAUCCGAUGAUUUUUGUGGAGGUUGUUGUUGUGGUGAUGAUGACAUGGAUUUGGUGUCGGAUGUCGCGUUGGAUGACGACGAUGAUUCUAUGGAAUACUCGGGGGAUGAGUAUGAUGAUGAAUCCGAGGUUUCUUUUUGAUUUGUCAUCGAACGUUAGACCUUUUUUUUUUUUUUUUUUUUUUUUUUUGUCGAAUCUAAAUUAUAAUAGUGGACCUCGUCGUGCUUUUAUUCUGGAAAAUGUUGUCUACUACUAUCAUGGAUAUGAUAUUUUGGCUUGAGUAUCGCGUGUAUCGAGUGAAUUAAAAAUGUUCGUGUUUUGGAUUUUGAUUAUUCAAAAUAUUAU